AGUGAUUUAGAAGCGAAACUAACAGUGUCUGUUUGGCUGAAGAUGAUGAUACUGGAGGUGACGCUCGUGCAGUGCUGUUCCCUACCACAUCACACUGCUGGUCCAAUAUGCAGUCCAAUACUGCAGCCUUUUCGGCAGGGAGCGCGCUUCCAAAUUUACCCUCCCGCUGCGCUCGCUCCCCGUGCCUUAAAAAGCCGCGUGCACGGCUGAAGGUCACUUAAACACAAAAGGCUUUCAGCGCUGCGGUCCAAUAUAGCGCAUGCGCGCUGCCGGAGGACUGCUUCACAGACCGCAAUAUGGCGAGAAUGCCUGGCAGCGGAGACACGGAGCAGGAGCAGCUGAGCUGCCCCGACAGGAGCGGGGAGGAGGGGGAGGAGGAGGAUGAAGAUGAAAUCCAGGAGGUCCAGAUCACCGGGGAGGAAGAGGACGAGGAGUCCGACAGAGAUGGUGCGGAGCUGGAGUGGGAGUCAGGGGGCACGGUGCUGGACUCCAGCGGUUCCUCCGCGGAGAUGCAGGCGGUCCUUAUGCGGAGUAUGGACCGGGGAGAGGAGGAGGGAGAGGCGGAGGCGUGCAGCGGCAGCAUGCCCGCCGGGAUGGAGUCUCACCUGGAGGGAGAGCUGCAGCGGUCGGAGCGGAACAGGCUGAGCGAGAACACGCGCCUGGCCACCCGGUACGCGGUGAGGAUCUUCCGGGAGUACCUCAGCGAGAAAGCCCAAAGUCCAGACUUUGAAACUCUGGACAAGGACGCGCUGUGCGCGGUGCUGCGCUCCUUUUACGCGGAGGCGCGCUCCAAGAGUGGACAGCUGUACAGUAAGUCGUCCCUCAUCAGCAUCCGGAGCUCCCUGAACCGGUACCUGAACGAGCCGCCCUACUGCCGCACCCUGGACCUCACCAAGGACCCGGAGCUGCGCAGCGCCAACCUGACCCUGGCCGCGGUCAUCCGGCGGCUGGAGGAGCAGGGCGCCGGGCCCGUGGUGCAGAAACAGGCCAUCACGCGCUCGGACCUGCGGAAACUCUACGAGUCCUCUGUGUUCAAGAGCGACACGCCAUUCGGGCUGCUCAACAAAGUCUGGUUCGAGACCUGCAUGUAUUUCUGCACCCGGGGCCGCGAGAACCAGCGGGAGCUGGAGGAGGACUCGUUCGGCCUGGCGGUGGAUGAGGACGGGAGAAAGUUUGUCUACUUUAAAGCUCUGGGGCCGUACCACAAGUCCCGCUCCGCCGCUUGGACCAAGAAGCGACCAGACGCAGACGAGGACACCCUGCCGCGGAUGUACGAGACGGGCUCGGAGCAGUGUCCGUACGCCAGCUUCGUCCGCUACGUGUCCAAACGGAACCCGCUGUGCGGGGCGUUCUUCCAGCGGCCCCGGGACCACUGCUGCGCGAGCGACGUGACGUGGUACGAGAACAAAGCUAUCGGGAAGAACCUGUUGGGCACCAGGAUGCAGAUGUUGUCGCGCGCCGCCAAGCUCUCCAAGACCUACACCAACCAUUGCAUCGGCGCCGUCUCCAUAGCAACGCUCAACAGCAUCGUGGGCGUCGCGAGCUCCAGGCCGACGACGACGCUUUGCGUUGCCUCGGAAACGGGAAACGGCCACGCGCGGUCCCACCUGCAGCUUGUGAUCCCGUACCUCCGGCGGGUGACCGACGUCGCGGACGUGAAGCCGCCGCGGACAGCGAUACACAGAGAAACAGCCGACAGGGUCCGCGCCGAGGAGGACCCGGGGGCUCCGUACGCCAAGAGGCUGUGCGUUCGCCCCGGGACACGCGCGCCAUCGCCUAUGGAGCGGAAGGAGAGCGAGCCGGAGCCUGCCAGAGCCCCGGAGUCCCACAGUCAUCCGCAGCCCGGUGUGCGCUCCCCGGCCGCUGUGUCCACACAGGACAGCUGUGGCAGCAGCAGUACGUCCAGUCAGCAGCUGGUCUCCGUGUCUCCUGCGUCUCCUCUGGGCUCCGCCGGCAUCCCCACACCAGCCCAGCUCACCAAAACCACCGCGCCUGUCCACAUCGACGUAGGAGGACACAUGUACACCAGUAGCCUGGCCACCCUUACAAAGUACCCUGAGUCACGGAUCGGCCGUCUGUUUGAUGGAACGGAGCCCAUCGUGUUGGACAGUCUUAAGCAGCACUACUUCAUUGAUCGAGAUGGCCCCAUGUUCCGUUACAUACUUAACUUCCUCCGGACCUCGAAACUCCUCCUCCCUGAUGACUUCAAAGAAUACUCCAUGCUGUAUGAAGAGGCCACAUUCUUCCAGCUGACUCCCCUGCAGGCUGAGCUGCAGCGCUGGAGGACUGAGCAGGAAUGCGGGGGUGUGUGUCCGCAGUGCGAGUGUGUCGCGAUUCGCGUGGCUCCGGAGCUCGGUGAGAGGAUCGGCGUGAGCGCCCAGUGGGCCGUGAUCCAGGAAGUCUUUCCUGAGGUCAGAGACGUCAUGUCCAAUUCCCUGAACACCAGCUGGACCCAGGACUCCACACACGUCAUUCGCUUCCCACUCAACGGCUACUGCCACCUCAACUCUGUCCAGGUGUUGGAGCGGUUCCAGCAGAGAGGGUUCUGGAUCACGGCUUCGUGCGGCGGUGGAGUGGACUCGUCCCAGUUUAGUGAAUACAUUCUCCGGAGGGAGGGCCGAGGCAGCCGACACCCCCCCACCCUCAUCCAAAUAAAACAGGAACUCAUGGACUGAACUCACGGAAGUGGCCCGUUUUGCACACACAUCGGCAACUGUUUCUCAAAGCGAGAACAGAUUCACUUUGAGCAGACAUGAAUACACAGAAUCUCUUACGCCGCAGUGUAAAUACGCUACAUAGGUGACUGAGAUGUUAUCUUCUUUAAUACUUAAAGGGAAACUACCAUUUGUUUCAACCUGAACCCUAUUUUCUUGUGUUUUUGUGUCUAAGUGACUGAUGGGAACAAAAAUUUUUGACAUUGGUCCAGAAUUAAGUGCGGUCGCUGCAGUCGGCAGCGGCGAAACAAGCUACAAUGUAAGUUA